UGCAUCUGUCUGUGAACAAGUCUGUGUUUGUUCAGUUAACAAAAGUCCCCGCGUCACUGGACCUGUGUGUUUUGUGAAGUAAAAAUGUACUUUAACAGCAUCAGCAGUAUCACAUGAAUAUAUCCAGACAAGAGUGACACAAAUGGCACUACUGUUUUAACCAGCCUGGAAGCCACACACCCACAGCUAGCUGGUUUUAAGUUAUACAGCGGGUUGGGCCUUAAUCACUGGGACUCACUUCACUUAAAAGAGCUAAUGAUGAAUUUUGUUCCUUGAUUUGAUUUAAACUGCCAUAUUCCAGCGACAGGGCUUCAUAGUGCGUCACGGGACCCCUCCCCUGCGUCCGACGAGCCGUUUAUAAACUCCCCCCGGUGGAGGAGAGCCCCCACUGUCUGAGCACCAAGCGCUAGGCCCACAGCCUGAACAUGGAGAGGGUCCACCGCCUGCUGCUGCUAGUCCUCCUACUGGUGCUGCUGACCGGAGAGGUAUUGUCUGCAACGGAGGACGCGGAGGUGCAGUACUGGACGUGUGGCUACAGAGGACUCUGCAGACGGUUCUGUUACGCCCAGGAGUACAUCGUUGGACACCACGGGUGCCCACGGAGAUACAGGUGCUGUGCGAUGCGGUUUUAGCAUUUCCUGCAUAUCCUGCAAUAUUCCUGCAGGAUAAACUGAACAAAUGGAGGAAAUAAAUUGCUUCACGUGUGGAGAACAUAGGUCAUUUUAAGAUGUGUGUGCAGUACACUUGUAUUUAACUUCCUCAGUUGCACUUAGUGUUGUAUUAUUUAUAUAUUUUACAUAUUUGCAAUUUUAUUCAUCCUAUCUGUAAUUCAGCAUUCAGGCAACACCGAUGUUCGUUUUGCUUUCAGAAAUGAUUUGCUGGCAAUAAAUGCAGGCAAACAAA